AUGAGGCGAGAUACACCAUCGAUUUGCGCGCAGCCCUUAAAUAAUGUACCCUACUACUACUACUACUUCUACUAUUUCUACUAUUUCUACUAUUUCUACUAUUUCUACUAUUUCUACUAUUUCUACUAUUUCUACUAUUUCUACUAUUUCUACUAUUUCUACUAUUUCUACUAUUUCUACUACUAUUUCUACUACUUCUACUACUUCUACUACUUCUACUAUUUCUACUACUAUUUCUACUACUUCUACUACUUCUACUACUUCUACUACUAUUUCUACUACUUCUACUACUUCUACUACUUCUACUACUAUUUCUACUACUUCUACUACUAUUUCUACUACUUCUACUACUUCUACUACUUCUACUACUAUUUCUACUACUUCUACUACUUCUACUACUUCUACUACUUCUACUACUUCUACUACUUCUACUACUUCUACUACUUCUACUACUUCUACUACUUCUACUACUUCUACUACUUCUACUACUUCUACUACUUCUACUUCUACUACUACUACAUCUACUACUACUACUACUUCUAA